UGUGGAGGAUGCUGUAUGGUUUCAAAAAUCCAACUACAAUGUUUGCUCUGGUUCCCUUUAAGGCCUGUUUGGAGAUGAUGACAUACUAGACAGCUUAUUUGAUGAUAAAGAGAAACCAGUGCGAUCAAAGGGGGCUCGCGCCAGAAGGCUGAAUACCUCAUCUCCUACUAAUAACAUGUUUGGUAAAGCGGCAGAGAAAGUUAAGAAGGACAAGUCGGACUUGGAGGACUCAGAUAUAUCUGAGGUGGCUCAAGAGGAACUGCUGAAGACCUUGAAGGAGUUGGAGGAAUUGGAGGCUGACCUGAUUCCAACUAAGAAAAAGCUUCCCAUACAGAAAAAGUCAGUCGUUGAUGAUGAGCCAGUGAAAGACUCACCUGGGUUGGAAAGUAAUGCAAAUCUGAAAGGAGAAGAUGAGGCCACAGGAGGAAGAAAGAAGUUGAGCACUGGCCCUUCAUCCUCAGCACAUCCUUACGACGACUUCUUUGAUCAAGACGACCUCCUGGGUAAUUCGCUUGAUGACCUGCUUCCGGAUGAAACCAGGCCUGAACCUAAAAGCCGACAGAGUAAGCCUGAUAAAUCUCUGCUGCCUGCAUCAGCAUCUCCCACCUUCAGCAGCCAAACGGCAAAGACAUCUAAAAAAGACGACAAGGAUCACCUGCUUGAUGCUCUCGGGUUUGAGAGACAUAAAAAGGACUCCAAGAAAAAAGAGGCUCCACUUUGGUCUUCCACGGAGAAAAGCGAUGUCCCUCAGAGACCUCGUACCAGAAUCACAGAUAUUCUGGAGGCCUCCGACUCAGCCCGACCCCUGGACCAACCGCACACAGGCGAGGGGAAGGAGGAAAAGGUGCAGCAGGAAAAACACCCUAGUCUGAAAGAUGACUUCACAUUUGGGACCUAUAAGCCAACGGAGGCAUCCACAGCCGAGGGGCGCCAGUCCCGCAGACAGUCAGUCAGAUUUUCUACAGAAGAUGUCAGAGUUUCUACCCCAGAGAAGAAACCCCAACCCAGCGCUUCAACAACCAGCCGACACCGAGGCUCAGCAGAAUGGCUUGGCCUCACAAUAAACGACGAACCUGACUAUUUCGAAGGAAGUUCCAGAGCGAUGAAAAGUUCAGCAUCUUCUCCAAAAGCUCCAUCCUCUCCAGCACAGGAGAAAAAAUCUCUAUUGAAUGAAGGUCAUGCCACAUCUGCUGCAAACGUGACGGGAGAUGCUCCAAACUCUAAAACAAGCAGAUCUGAGGUUUCUAAAGACAUGAGGAAAGAUGAGGAGAAGCAGCAUGACUGGUUUGAAGAGGCACUGAGUAGGAAGAAGACUCUAUCAGAGACGAAAGCUUCCAAGCAGGAGGGCUCUCGACAAACCGAGCCGGCUGUCAGUAACGAAGACAUGACGCCAACCUUCAGAGACAGAGAGGAAACAUUUACAUCUACCAUAGAUGCUGGCCCUGUGGCUCAUUCCACCCCUGUUAGAGAGGAGAAGCCAAAUAAAGAUCUUCAGCAAAAUCAAAUAAAGGCAACAUCAGCUCCCGUGCAGCAACAGGCGUCCUAUACAGCCAACAAUCUGCAGCAGCUGCUACUACAACAGCAGAUAAUGCAGACUCAGUUGCUGGGUCUGGGGAGUCCUGAUGAAGGAGCCCUGCAGAGGCUCAAAGACAAGGAGCAACAGCAGGGAGAAUGCCAGGCUUUACGAGCACGCAUCAUCCAGUUGGAGGGAGAGGUGAAACUACUGCAGCUGGAGCGAGAGCAAAGCCAACUGGUGUUAGAGAACAUCCAGCAGAUGCACAAGCAGGAGAUGCAGCUUCUGGAGAACUCACACAAGACUCGUGUGAAGCUGCUGGAGGAAGCAGCAGCCCAAAGGGAGAGCCGAGCUCGACUCGAGUGCGAGGAGCUGAUGGAACGCCUAGCUACCUUAACGAGGUCGGCCGAGCAGGAACGCUCAGAGCUGCAGGCUCACUACCACCGGAAGCUGGCCCAGGCCCAGCAGGACAGAGACCGUGAGGUGGAGAGGCUCCAAGACCUGCAGAGAAAAUCUAUAUUGGAGAUGAAAAAAGACCACGAGGAUCAGCUUCAGAGACUGAAGAGACUAAAGGAUGAAGAGAUCGACGCUGUGACAAGUGCAACAUCUCAAACCAGAUCUCUGGUAGGGGUGAUUGAGCAGAUGGAGCACUUCUCUUCCCGCCUCGGAGAGCUCUCCUCUCAAGUGAAGAGUCAGGAACAAGCUGAUCUAAAGCUUCGAUUGGAUGAGGUAAAGCAGAAGGAGCUGGCGGUGACUCAGGAGAAAGAGACUCUGGCCAGACUAAGAGCAGAGCUGGACAGAGAGAGGGAGGUGACAAACAGCAUAGCUCUAAGGCUCAAAACAAGGGCCCAAGAGGUCGAGGCCUUCAGCAAGAUUGCAGCAGAGAGGUACGAGGAGGGCGAACGAGCGUUGGAGGAAGCCAAACGCGUUGAGUCUGGGCAUGAGGCCCGAUUAAAAAAUAUUCAACUUAAAACUGAGAAUCUAAGGCAGCUGGAGCAGCAGAUCAUGAAGGAAGGCAUGCGACUUAAUCGUCUAAAGAGAGAAGCAGAAAGGCUCCGAGAACAUUCCCCCAUCUUACCAUCUCCUCAGAUUAUUCCACCUAUUUUACCAGGAGUCAUUUCUUCUGUAGACUCUGUUUCAGUACCACCUGUGCCGGAAGUGACCAACCCUUCAAGUUCUCUGGCUAGUUAUCAACCCAUGAUGCUUGAGGCUAGUCUGGCUCUGUGGAAGUACACUGCAGCAAAGGACGAUGAAUUCCUCCGUCAAGAACAGAUGUUUCUAGAAAAUUUACAGAGGAAUCCGUACAAGUUCAACCCAGAAUAACACACGUUUUGAUCAAAAGCUGUUUUAUUAUUAUAUGCAUUUAAUAAAUGUUUUACAACAUUCAGCUUCAUUCU